CCAUAGCCAAACUCUCCCUACUGACCACAGUACCGCUUUGUCAUAUACAGAAAGGCAGGAGGGAUGGGGGACUAGUAGUAAUCAAGACCCCGGGGUCUCCCAUAUUGUAGGGGCAGGUAUGCUCGCCAUAAAAUAUCAUCUAGGCCCCUGAACGGAUUUAAAGCAGGCAGGCAUAUAAAAGCUACAGCAACUUACAUGAAAGCAAGGGCACCGUUCUCGAAUGCUUUUAUUUAUCAACAAAGAAAUUUAAAAAUUUCAUGCUUGGUUGAUCUAACUAUCAACACAGUAUGACAGCGUGUUUUUCCUUUAUUUCUUUAUACGCGGCACUUGCAGAUACCUUGAUGGGUAAAAACAUUGGCGUACUCUCCUGAAAACCUAUGUGAAACCAAUAUCCACAUAUGUUAGACCAAUUUGCCCAAAUUUGUACCCCUAAAUGACACGACGAGUAUCAAAGCCCAUCUCACAUGUAACUUUACCCCACACACCGUACCCUUCUCUCCCCGGAAGGCUAUAAACGAAUAAUCCGCCAAGGCCAGAAUAUUGUUUUGAUUGACCACGAAAUUCUUAGAACUAACAUUAAAAGAAAUGUAUGAAAUUCAGUAAGGAGAACUGAGACUUAGACCUUUGAAUGCUGAACACUGUCUUUUGCUUUAUUCACAGAAAAAUGUCACCGGCUGCAUGUCAGCACAAAGCUCGGUAUCAAGGCGUUUCUUGCUAUGUCUUGCGUGUGCAAUCACUAUGGUUAUCCUGACAAUUUAUUCAGGUUACAGUUGCACAAGAAACCUUAAUGUGGAGAAACCUCGAGAUCUGCGCUCUCUUAACAAGGCUGCUCCAAAUCAAAGCCGUCAGCUUAAUAAGGAAAAUACCAGCCCGUGUUUCAAGAACAUUUUUAAAGACAUUUUACUCGUUGUUGUCUACAAUUAUCCAUUCUACGACAGUAUACCUCAUCUUGUUGCUCUGUACAAACCUGCUUUCCCUCAUCUGUUAUUCUGCGGUCCGCCCCACAACACCACGCGUCCAGGUAUUCUCACGGUUGAUAUCUACAAAGGCAUUCUGGGAUACGAAUGCCUUGGUCGAGCAAUAAGAGAACAUCCGGGAUAUAAAGGAUAUUUUUACAUCAGCGAUGACGUCAUAUUGAAUUACUGGAAUUUCCCGGACUUUGACCGGGAAAAGAUUUGGGAAUCGUCGUUUUCGUUCGGUUCAACUCCGGUUUACGAGCCCGCGAGCACCAAUUGGUACUGGUGGGUUUCGCCAUACGGUUUGAACAACUGCCGAAGAGCUUGCGAAGAUGUCGCGAACAUGAACUUCGGGCCGAAGAAACUCAACGUAAAAUAUCAUUUAAACACUCUCUUUAAGAACAGUAACGGAACACUGCGAUGCUUCAGCGGUCGCUCAGAUAUCUUAUACAUACCUCAAAAGCACGCGAAAGCGUUUUCCAUCCUUUCAGAAACGUUUUACGAGCGUAAAGUUUUCCUAGAAAUUGCCAUACCCACCAUGAUUCGCUUUCUGGAGAGAAACGAGAUCAUAGGUCACCUUCCUGGCUAUUACAUCCCUGGGGAUGUGAGACGAGGUGACCCUCGAGUGACAGACAGCAGAUUUUUCUGGUUUGUUUAUUUUCCGAAAAACAAGUUAUGGUUCAUUCAUCCUUUUAAACUUCAUCAGCAGGAACUCGACAGCAAGUUUAACUUGAUUAUGUUAAAGUUCAUUCUCAUAGAGAAGGUCAGAACGUUAACGAACUGUAAACCAAAACUCUUGAAUUUAGACAAUCAAUCAACAUAAUUGGGGUUUUAAGAAUUGUAUAGCUAGACCACUGU